UGAAGUUAACGAGAAGCUUAGCCUCUACCCUACCCUAAUUCCCUUAGCCUUGCCGGUUGCGUCUCUGCCUGAUUUUCUUUGCGCUGUAGACAAGGCGUGUGAGGUGUCUAUUUCGUGGCAGCUUUUCGAAUGGUCAUCGCUUUCCUAAAGUUAACGAUAAAAUAAAUCAGAUGACCUCUUUUUACGACGACAAAGUUCAUGCGCUCGAGUUGGCUGAAGAGCUCAGUCAAGUGAACUGCCAAGAUGACUUGGAGUUUGCCUACCUGUUUGAAUAUGAGCCGCCAAGCAGCGACUUCCCUGGGGAGAAUCGAGAUGAGCCAGGUCUCUCCACGCACAAAGUGCUUAGCUCCCCUGGCAGCCUCUCCUACACCCUGGAGGACACCGCUGGCUUUGGCCUCAAGUCCUGCAGCCCGUCCUAUAGUGAGCCAAACCCUGAAGGCUUGCCUGACUACGAGAGCUUUGAGGCCAAAGGCUUCCUGGGCCAGGCGCGUCCCUCCGGCGCUCCAGCUCUCAGUCCGCGCAUCGAGAUCACGCCGUCCCGUGAGCACUACAUCCAAGCACGCGACUCGCUGCAGGGUCAGCUGCUCAACACCAGCCCGCGGCAGGCGCUGACCGUGCCGGGACAAGACAGCCUGGCCUACCGCGAGCCGGCCUGCCUGAGCCCGGCCAGCAGCAACUCGUCCACCAGCUGGCACUCGGAGAGCUACUCGCCCUGGGCCUCGCCCUGCGUGUCGCCCAGCAACGGCCAGACGGCCGGCGACCUGUGCCCGCGCUUCCAGGGCAUCCAGACCAGCGGCGGCUCCCCGGGCACCUCCCCGCGCGCCAGCCUGACGGAGGACUGCGGGCGGCCCGCGCUCACCCUCCUCGCCCCGGCUCAGCUUCCACCUCCCAUGAGGGGCAAGCGCUAUCACAUGUACCGCAACCCCGGGCUCGUCGCCGGGCCACGCUCCCGCAGCCCCUCCCCCCACGCCGCCCAUGACCACCACCACCACCCAUCGGCCGUCAGUGGGGGCGUCCACUACGGGUCAGAGGUCAUCAACGGCUUUAACGUGGCCCAGCCCAGCUCCGUGCCCACCAAGAUCAUCAGGACGACCAACAGCAGCCAGGGGUACGGGGUCUACCCUGAAGCCCCCACUGAGAGCUACGUGUUGCCAUGCCAACAGGAUGUCAAAACCAAGCCUGAGUCCUUCUAUGUCAUCCCGCCUGCCAUCUGGACCAAACAGCUCCCAGCAAUCCCAGGCAUUUGCAGCAUCCCUGUGGCCUCUCUGCCUCCUCUGGAGUGGCCCCUGCCCAGUCGCACUGACCAGUAUGAGCUGUACAUCGAGGUCCAGCCCAAGCCACACCACCGCGCCCAUUACGAGACAGAGGGCAGCCGCGGGGCCGUCAAAGCCCCUACAGGGGGACACCCGGUAGUGCAGCUUCGUGGGUACCGGGGGAAGGAGCCCCUUGGGCUUCAGAUCUUCAUUGGCACCGCAGAUGAGCGCAUCCUCAAGCCACAUGCCUUCUACCAGGUGCACCGCAUCACCGGCAAGACCGUCACCACCUCCAGCUACGAGAAGAUCAUCAGCAGCACCAAGGUCCUGGAGAUCCCCCUCGAGCCUAAGAACAACAUGAAGGCAAUAAUUGACUGUGCUGGGAUCCUGAAGCUUCGUAAUGCAGACAUCGAGCUGAGGAAAGGCGAGACGGACAUCGGGCGUAAGAACACUCGUGUCCGGCUGGUGUUCCGGGUGCACAUUCCCCAGGCCAACGGCCAGCACGUGUCCCUGCAGGUGGCCUCCCACCCCAUUGAGUGCUCCCAGCGCUCAGCUCAUGAGCUGCCCAUGGUGGAGAAGCAGGAUCUGGAUGGCUGUAGUGUGCUGGGGGGCCAGCAGAUGAUCCUCACUGGACAGAACUUCAGCUCCGACUCCAAAGUCAUCUUCACCGAGAAGACCCCUGACGGGCAGCAGAUCUGGGAAGUAGAGGCCACAGUUGACAAAGACAAGAGCCAAACCGUAAGAGCUGCGCUGCUUUCUUUUACAUCACAGCUGAUUAGAUCUCUUAUCAAAUUCACUUGUAAAGUCAGGGGUUCCCCAAAAUCUCACCACAAAAAAAUGUAAAACCAUCUUUAUCCAA